GAUGAAAUGUCUCGGAAACUUAUACCAACUGGCAAAUUGAAUGGUGAACAUAUUGCCCUUCGCACCAAAGGGGAUGGAAAUUGUUUGUUUCGAGCAGCGUCAAUAUUAGCCUUUGGAGAUGAAAGUAAACAUCUAGAAAUGCGAGUGAGAACAUUGCUAGAGCUUGCAUGUAACAAAUUACGUUAUUUAAAUGACCCCAAUAAUAAACAAAGAAUUCACGCUGAAGAACGAUAUAUACUACGUAAAUCAAGUCGCAAGAGAAGAGACGAGUGCUCAGAAGAAUUAGACACACUGAAUCUUGAAGUGUAUUUUAAACAAGUGGUACGUGAAACUUGUAAAGAGUCCAACUCGGCAGUAGUCUGGCAUCUUCUGGCGCUGCCAACUGUCUUUUGGCGCUCGGUAAAGAUUGUUUUUCCAGAAGUUACAGAAGAUAUUAGAGAGCUCCAGGAAUGUUUUAAGGAUGCUAUUGAUCCUUGUGGGGGUCGUUCAAUGUUGGAUCCACUGGUAAUCAUGUGGACAUCAAUUAAACCCCUAGAAGAAAUGAAGCUAAAUCAUUUUGUUCCUCUAGUUCCUGCUGGCGAAGUUCAUUCCUUAGGGAAAGGUAAGCUCAAAAUUUUUCUUAUCGUUUUUACUAAAUGUCUAUUUUUUUGUUCAAGAAGAAAGCAUUUGUUUGGCAACAGCUUUUUAAUCUUUACAGAAAGAAACACUACUGCAAAACAGAAUGGAAGUAAACAGCCUUCAGAGCAAGAUGAGAGGAGAAACAGAGAUAGUAAUACUCAAACUGAACCUAGAAACAGAGAUCCACCUCCUCAGUCAGCCAUGGAUCAGCGGCAGAAUAAAAAAAAGCUUUCUCUAAGUAAGAAAGACAAUGGAAAAUUUUAUUAUUGUAAUAGUGACCCUUGCCUAAGUCCAGGGACUAAAGAGGGGAAACUUACCGUAGCUGGGGCCCGUUUCUCGAAAGUCCUGGUUACUUAACGGGGGUGGAGCCAUAUUUUAAAAUCAAAAGUUAAAGAAUAGA